AUGAGGAUUCGCUGUGGUAUUUAUGUUUUGGCGGCCAUGCUAUUUAUCAAUUCGAUAUUUGCCUAUAGAAGAUUAAAAGAUAUUAAUAACUUGCAAAUUUUAUCGCAGGGCUUUAAAGACAUAAAACCGACCAACUUCCACCAAAUUCGAUCGAGGGCUAAAUCUGCCGCGCCUGACCAGAUGAACAUUGACAUAAGCGAUUGGACCAUUUACAUAACGCACAAAACACCGUACUACAACACGGAGAAAAUAAAAAGCAUCUUAAUUUAUUCCAUGACGUACCCGUUUAAGGAGUUGGAAGAGUUUAAAGAGUACCUUUUUGAGGAAUAG